AUGGAUCUCUGGUUAAUUUCUGAGAGAAGGUGGGUGAUAGGUAAGAGGACACGUGUCGUGCUGUCAACUGUGGUGCGCGCGUGUCGCGAGCCCACACGAGGUGAUUUAGUCACUGCUUACGACACUGGUUUUGGAGCGAAGCGUGGGCUAGUCGGUUGGGGCCCACGGCGUCGAUGGUGUUGGCAUGGAAUCGGCGCGGUUGCUAAAAAGUUAUUCAAACAACAGCAGAGGAAGUUACCUGAUAAACAUGCACGUGAUGUGAGGUGUAAGGCGCUUAGGUGGAUGAGUGGUGCGAAGUGGAUGUAUCUCAAAGUCAUGCCGCUUGGUUCACUUUCGGUGUUGGGUGCUCUGUUUAUUAUAUCAAAUAAAGGGUUGAAGCUCCAAAUGAUGCAUUUUCCAUCCGCAGCCGACAGACUCCAAAGGAACAGAGACCCUUUCCUCCUACAUGUUCCAGCAAACAUGUUGUGGGAGCACUGUUUUCCCUCCUCACCUUUCAUGGGAGAAAAGGGUGUUCCAAUGAAGUUGGUGGUUCGAGAACAAAUCAAUGAAACUGGGGUAUUUGUGUGGAAGGAU